GUUCAAAGAUGGUGACGUUUUCAUAGAGAGAGAUAGAGAGAUUGAGGGAGUGAUAUGUGUGCAAAGAAGGAAGAAGAAGGCGAUUGUUCAUCAGGAGCUAUGAACAACUUACAAAAGUACCAAAACAACCUCCUCCUUCCCCGACAACAACAAACCACCAGUUCCGACAUCUUCGGACCUGGUAACAAUGCCGGAUUCACGAGUAUCUUCCCCCAAGAUUCUGUCCCCCCGGUCCUCCCUUGGCCUACUCCUCCGAUCCAACCCUUCAACCCGAUCCAUGGACCCGACCCGUUUCUCCUCCCUCCUCCUCCUCCUCCGGCGUCUUUCUACGGCAGCGUUUUCAACAGAUCGAGAUUCGGGUUUGUCGACGGGUUCGGCGCCACGUCAGCACACCACCACCACCACCACCACAACGAGCAUCUCCGGAUCUUGUCAGAAGCUUUGGGUCCGGCGGUUCAAGCCGAGUCGGGUCAAUAUCCGUUCGGGUCGCAACCGGAGCUGGGGAAGAUUACGGCGCAAGAGAUGAUGGACGCGAAGGCUUUGGCUGCGUCGAAGAGUCACAGUGAAGCUGAGAGGCGACGGAGAGAGAGGAUCAACAAUCAUCUCUCUAAGCUUCGUAGCAUAUUACCAAACACCACCAAAACGGACAAAGCUUCCCUAUUAGCGGAGGUGAUCCAUCACGUAAAGGAACUAAGACGACAAACUUCGCAGAUCGCAGAGACAAACCCUGUCCCGACAGAGACCGACGAGAUAACAGUAGAUGUCUCAGAGGAAGAAGAACAACAAGACGGCAAGUUCGUAAUAAAAGCUUCGAUCUGUUGCGACGACAGGUCCGAUCUCUUGCCCGACCUGAUCAAAACCCUAAAAGGAUUGCGUCUGAAAACCCUAAAAGCCGAGAUCGCAACGGUCGGAUGCCGAGUCAAGAACGUCCUGUUCGUAACGGGAGAAGAAGCUUGCGACAGCGACGAGCAACAACAGUGCAUAGGAUCGAUACAAGAGGCGUUGAAGUCGGUGAUGGAUAAGAGCUCAGUAGAAGAACCUUCUUCUUCGGGGAAUGCAAAGAGACAGAGGAUGAGUAGUAACAACGGUAUAAACAUCGUGGAACCGCGACAGGAACAAAAGUAGUUCAGUUCUACAUUUAGAUCGGACAUUGGAUAUGUGGUCUGAUAUAUUUAUAUAUACGUAUAAGUGUAGGAUUUAUAUAGAUUAUAUCCGUUUUGGUGAUUGGUUCUAUAUAUGAUACCUAAACUCGCCCUUUUUUUUCAUUUUGGUGCUUUGUAAUGGCUUUUUUUUUUUUGCUUCUGUUUUUUUAGUUUAUAAUUUUAACUUUGGUGGAUUUGGGUUGUAUAAAAUGUAUGUGUGUAAUUCCAAGUGGAAAUU